GCUAACAGCCUGGCAGGUGACGACGCUUUUGCCUGCUUGUAACAGGUUGUCCAAGUAGGAUUUUAAUAAUAUCAGCUAAUACAUAUUUACUGUAGUCUAAUAUUAUUAAAUACCCUGUUUGAAAUUUAAAAAAAAUGUUUUUGAUUCAAUUGAUAAUUUUCGGUUAUUAGAGGUUGCUUCUUAGUAAGUUAACUAGCUAGCUAAUUGUAUAAUAUAAGGCAGUUGGAUAGCUUGUUUACAUUGCUGGAUAAUCCAAGCGUCACAUGGUAGCAUAUCUAUCUAGCAAAUUCGUUGCUUUGUAGAUCAAGUCGAACACGCCAAAGAAUGCAUUUACAGUAAAUUAGCCAAGUCCAUUGCCAGAACUGGUAUCUGUCUGCGUUUUAGGUAAAAUAUCAGCUAACGGCUAGCUGAGUCGCUGUAAAAACUUAUUUCUCUCCUGUCUGUCGUGGGACACUGCUAACGCCAGCUAGAUAGCGGUUACAUAGCUAGUUAUUGCAGGAAUAUCAAGUAUGGGGAUGUGCUUACCCUGCCUGGGUGGAGCAGCAGACGACGUUGUAGCAACGCCAGACCCUGAAACAAAAAGGCGACAGUUGGCAGAAGCUGCAGAGAAGAGACAGAAAGAGAUCACAUACAGAGGCAUCAAAAAUCCAGAAGCAGUGGAAAGGAAAAAGAAGAAACAGGAGGAGAUGGACAAACAGACGAUGAGUACAUCACCCUCAGCAGGCGGGGGGCUUAAGUGGCAGGUCGGCUAAAAAAAGAUGAAGAGAAGACCGCUAGGUUAUGUCAUCAUUAUGGGCCAGGCUGUGUGAGCAACAGUCAAAAUGAGAGGUGUGAUGCCCCCUUUUUUCCUUUUCUUUUAAAGUACAAGCUUGACAGGGGAAUGUUUGUUACAACCAAACUUUCAGCCAAGCUUCCUGCAAGAUGCAUCCCUUUAGGCCUCCAGAUUGGCUCUUUGCAGGAUAUACCUUUACCAUGCCAAGAUGUGCUAGCCAAUGGAAUAUCUGAGAUAGCAAAAGGCAGUAAUGUGUGGCUUUUAAUAUACUCAUUUAUGUAUUGCUACUGAGAGAUGUGGUAUAUGCAGGCAUUAAAAUAUUACACAGCUCUGAAGCUCACAACUGAUGCACCAGGGUGCUUUAUUUAUAUUGUGUUCUUAAUAUAGUUUGUUUGUUUGUUUUUUUUAAGUUAAGCAAUGGUUCUAGCUCAAUAUAAUGGUAUCGCAAUUGUAUGAUAGUACAUUUGCAUCACAAAAAAAAAACACAUUUCCUAAUGACUGCAUGAAAACACAUUUCAGAUAUUUUAGGUUAUAUUCUGCCAAGUUUUGGUUAAAGUAUUAUAGUACAAUGUAAAAUAUUUGAUCUGGACAGAAUGUUGAAGUGGGUGACUAAUUUCAGAUAUUACUAAAAUGAAGCUGGAUGUGUUGAUGGGAGGAAAAAACUGAUGAAUUUUUCUUCUUCACAGUUACUAUAACAGAUCCUAAAUGUACAUGAGUUUUAUUUGUUCACUUUAAAGGUUUUCUUGAUUUUCCUUUAUUUCCUUGAAUUUCAGACAGGGACCAGAGGUUGACCUCGGUGUGGAGUUAGACAGCCUUCUAGCUUUACUAGUUGAGCUAUAGUGCUUUUGAGCUAUAGUAUAAUGGCCUUACUAUGUACUUGUAAUCAAGGCCAUAGCUGAGAUGAGAUAGGAGGGUCAAACUGGACCACUGUUCUUCACAGGAAAUAUUCUCUUUAAAUGUAUUUUCAGCAAACUAGGACAGCUGUUCUUGGGUUUUUACUUCAAAUGCCACAAUCCUGUUGGCUUAUACAGUUACUCAGUGCUUAGACAUAUGAGACUCACUGAAGGAAAUGUGGAUGCUCUGUUGGUUCAAUGGGCUGAAUAAAUAUACUAAUCCUA